GACAGCACAGAGAGAGAAAGUCUCAGCUUUCACAAAUUUAGAUUUAAUCAACGUGGAAUAAGCCAGGAAAACUCACGUUGCAUUUACAGCCUUCAUCACUGGCCUGUGUUUUCCGCCCAUUGUCAGAGAGCUCACCAUGGCACUGCUGAUGAGUUACUGGAUGUGUUUGGUAGCUCUAUCAUUGAGUGUGACCUCCAGUUGUGCCUUGAGAAGGGUCGCCCUGAAGAAGAUGCCAUCUAUCAGACAGACAUUGCGGGAGAUGGAUAUUUCUGCAGAGCAGGUGUUGACUGAGCUGGCCCAGAAGCGCACAGAUGACACCAGCAACGGGACUGUUCCCACACCUCUAACCAACUACUUGGAUACCCAGUACUUUGGGGAAAUCAGCAUUGGUUCUCCAGCCCAGAUGUUCAACGUGGUAUUUGACACAGGCUCAGCCAACCUGUGGGUGCCCUCACAAAGCUGCUCACCUUUCUCCACGGCCUGUUUUACUCACAACAGGUACGAUGCCUCCAAAUCCCGGACUUACGUUGAGAACGGAACCGGUUUUUCCAUCCAGUACGCCUCUGGAAAUGUCAGGGGAUUUUUGAGCGAGGAUGUGGUGGUGGUUGGUGGUAUCCCUGUGGUGCAGGUGUUUGCUGAAGCAACCUCUCUGUCUGCCAUGCCCUUCAUCUUUGCCAAGUUUGAUGGAGUCCUGGGCAUGGGUUACCCCAAUGUGGCCAUCGACGGCAUCACUCCCGUAUUUGAUCGCAUCAUGUCUCAGCAUGUCCUCAAGGAAGACGUGUUCUCUGUCUACUACAGCAGGGACCCAAAACACUCCCCAGGUGGAGAGCUGGUUCUUGGUGGCACAGACCCAAACUACUACACUGGAAACUUUAAUUAUAUGGACACCAGAGAGACAGGAAAAUGGGAAGUUACUAUGAAAGGAGUUUCUGUGGGGAUGGAGAUUAUGUUUUGUGUAGAGGGCUGCACAGCUGUGAUCGACACAGGCUCCUCUUACAUCACAGGACCGGCCUCCUCUGUGUCUGCGCUGAUGAAAACCAUCGGAGCACAGCAGGAUGAAAGUGGAUACAAAGUCAACUGCGACACUGUCAAGACAUUGCCCAGCGUCACUUUCCACCUGGGUGGCCAGGAGUACUCACUCACUCAGGAGGAUUAUAUCUUAUGGCAAUCACAGAUCGAAGGGGAGGUCUGCACCGUCACCUUCAGGGGCUUGGAUGUGCCGCCCCCUACAGGUCCCAUCUGGAUUUUGGGUGCCAACUUCAUUGCUCGCUACUACACAGAGUUUGACCGCCGCAAUAAUCGAAUAGGGUUUGCUACAGCAGUGUGAAAGAAAGUUAAACAUCAGCCAUGCUGCGUUUUAUUCUUUUUUUCUUUCUUUGCCACUCUUUCCUUUUUGUCCAGUCCUCCAUUCAGUUACCUUUUAUGAUAACUCAUGAUCAAACUACAUCUGUUUUUAUAAAAAUGGUAAAGGAGAGUGCACAUUAAGCGAUAUCAUCCUCCCAUUUCUUGCAAAUCCUGCUUUCAUAUAUCUAUAUAUGGUACCAGUUGCACUGAACACCUUCUAAACUUUUUAUUUAUUUAUGAGAAUUUACCAGCAAAUGGAAGGUUUCUGUGUGUGUGUGUGUGUGUGUUUGUGACUCUGCUGAUUAUUAUCAUACAGCAACAGUGGAAAUCAGUAUCUGAAUUGUAUUGACGUGACAAGAAUAA